UUUGAAGCCGGACUACUACAUCUUCUGAAGGUUCUCCUCAUGUGGCAGAGCUGAGACUGAAGCAUCAUGUUGGAGCCUCCAGAGUCUAGCCAGUGUGAGAUUGUGGAGUGGUUGCACACCCUCCGCCUGUCCCAGUACACUGUAUGUUUCCAGCAAGGAGGCUACGAAGCUCUGGACGACUGCAAGGGCCUCACAGAUGAGCACCUCGUGCAGCUGAAAGUGUUCCCGACAGGCCAUCGCAGGCGCAUCCUCCGGAGCCUGGAGGCCCUAGGGGUGAAGCAGCAGAGCGGUGGAGAGGAAGACGAAGAGGGCGGGAUGGAGAACGGGAAUCGCCCAAGGAAGCCCGUGCCCCACCCGAGACAUAUCUUCCUCAAAGAUAAAAAAAGGGGGACUUCAUGUCAGCACCACCAGUCGAAGGAGAGGAGAGAUCUGGAGGGGAGUCAGACUUUACCUCCAGGAGCAGGACUGGGACCAGAAGUUGAGGACGUCCCGGAGAGCAGACCCCUCCGCCUGCCUCAGCCGGCCCCGCGCAAUCCCCAGAACAUCCGAACAUCAGCCUCUGAACAUAUGUGCGUCCCCGCCUUUGUGUCCUUUCGCAGCGAUAGCAGCAGCAGCGAGUCCCUCUCCCUUUCUGAGAUGCCCUCCGACUGGGAGGUGUCCUCAGAGGAUCCCUCGCUGUCUAGCACCGACUCCCUCCACCAUCCCGCCGAAGCCUCCUGCUCAGUGCUUACUGAGGACAGCGCAGGUUUUCAAGGUGACAUGGUGGAAAACUCCAUCUAUGAGGCACAGCCCAGUUUUAAGGCCCCUGCAGGGCCGCGGCCCACUCGCUCCUACCGGCUGAGGCACCGACCAGUCCCUGAAAUCCCGGUUCACACCAUCCUGCCACUUCAGGACAGGAGCACACCACCAGCGCAAACAACCAGCCCUGAACACCUAACCGGCUCCGAAGGUCCCACCGGUGCAAACAGCAUACAGAAAGCUCCACUUCAAAGAACCUUGACGCCCAUUGCUCCCUAUGGAGAAAUGUUCCUGUACAACAAUCCUGAAAGCACUCCGGACCAAGGCGCUAAAGAAGGGUCACAUAAGGGUUUUAAGGACAAGAUAAAACAGAAGAAACAGAGAAAAAAGGUGUCCAAAUCGAAAGAGCUAAAGGAGAAAGGGUCUGCUCCUGCUCCUCCGAAUAUCCCCGACCCCUACAAAGACGAAUACUCAACAGUGGACGAGUGCGCCACCAUUUUGCCGCAAGCCGGUUUGGACCAAAGCUUUGCAGUGGCUCCUGGGGGCCUUGAUGUUGGAUCAGCUGCCUCUGGCCCUAAGGACGAGUCUCUAAUCAUGGUGGAGUGUGACCUGUACUCAGGGCCUGCAGAAGUUCUGGGCGGUGAGGCCAGAAAUGUACUGCCUGACAUUUCUCCAUACGCGUGCUUCUAUGGAGCCCCCAAAAACCAGGUGCUCAAAGUGGGUUGGCUGGACAAACUGUCGCCACAAGGAAAGUGUGUUUUUCAGAGGAGGUGGGUGAGAUUUGACGGCGAGAGCCUUGCCUACUACAACAAUGACAAGGAGAUGUACUCCAAAGGUAUGAUCCUGGCCAGCGCCAUCAGACAGGUGCGAGGGCUCGGUGACAACAAGUUUGAGGUAGUCAACUCCCUUCGGACCUUCAUAUUCCGGGCUGAAAGAGAAGGGGAGCGCCAGGAGUGGAUGGAAACUCUUCAGACGGCCACGCGCCCCCCCGCCUGCGGCGCCCAGAAGCGCUCCAACAGCCUUCCCCACCUCUCCUCCACAAACAAGCGAGGCUUGCUGGAGCUUCGCGGUUACAAAGGCAGAGUGCUGGUGUCCCUGGCGGGGAGUAAAGUCAGGCUCUGCAAAACAGAACAGGACUAUAAAGCAGGUCUCGCUAUAGCUGAAGUGGAACUGACUGCUGCCAAUAUUAAAGACCUGGACCGCAGGGGCUUUGAUAUCAACACACCUUUCAAGAACUUCUGCUUCACGGCCGAGUCAGAACGGGAGAAGGAGGAGUGGAUUGAAGCAGUCCAAGAAUCGAUCGCUGAGACACUCUCCGACUAUGAAGUGGCAGAGAAGAUCUGGUUCAACAAGGCCAACAGGAGCUGCGCCGACUGCCAGCACCGCUCCCUUGGCCCAAGUAUCUCCAAAGUGCGGAGCUUGAAGUUGGACAGCAGUAUCUGGAGUAAUGAGCUAGUGGAACUCUUCCUGGAGGUGGGGAACAAGAACGCUAACAGUUUAUGGGCUGCUAAUCUUCCCUUGGAGGAGGAGCUCUACAGCGGGGCUUCGGCGGAGCAGCGCGCCACGUUCAUCCGCAGGAAGUACAGGGAGAGGAAAUACCGGAGGGUCCUCGAGGGCUUUGAUGACCUGGAACAGCUUAACCAGGCGCUGUGUGCAGCUGUGGUGUCGCCUGACGUGCUGCAGACCAUGGCGCUGGUGUUCAGUGGGGCAGAUGUUAUGUGCGCCACCGGGGAUCCGACCGUCUCCACCCCGUAUCUCUUGGCCCAACGUGCCGGACAGAGGCUACAGAUGGAGUUCCUGCACCAGAACAAACUCUCUGAUUUCCCAAGACUCGAGCAGUGGUCGGAGAACACCACCCUGUCUGACGCUUCCCUCUUCAUGGAUGGCUUCCUCUACAUCUCCUCCGGCCCCACCAAGACGACGCUGGAUCGCCGUGGAAGAGAUGACAUGACACGCCGUUGGUGUACGCUGGAGGGUGGCUUCCUGAGUUACUAUGAGAGCGAGCGAAGCCCGUCAGCCAUCGGCAGGGUGGACGUCACCGAGGUGGUUAGUCUGGCUGUCAGCAACACAGAGACAAUGACUGGAGCUGGGGCUGUGUUUACCGUGGAGCUGUACCUGCAGACAGAGCGAGCGCUGAUUGUCGGAGCUGAAACACAGGAAACGCAGCAUGACUGGAUCCAGGCGCUAACAAAGUGCUUCGUCCCGCCUAAAGUCGAGGGACUGUUGCAGAGAGAAGGCGAGCUGAUUGGCAGACUGCUCUACAAAGAGGGCCAUGACCUGUACCACUGGAGGAUGGGCUGGUUUACGCUGGAAGGCUCUGCCCUGCACUUCAGCCCAGGAGACGAGGAGGGAGAGGAGGAAGUCCUUCAACUCAAACAGCUGCAGGAGCUCACUGUCUCCACACAUACGGAGGGUGAGGAAAAGAUCCAAGUCCUGCUGAUGGUGGAGGGCGGAAGAACAGUUUACAUCCAUGGCUUUAACAAGAUGGACUUUUCACUGUGGCACUCUGCCAUCACACUGGCUUCUGGCACAGAUGGCAAGGCGCUCAGUGACCAACAGCUGACUAAAAACGGCGUCCCUAUUGUAGUCGACAGUUGCAUUGCUUUUGUCACUCAGUACGGUUUGUGUCAGGAGGGGGUCUACCAGAGACCGGGGGACCCUGCUCGGGUGGCCCUGCUGCUGGACGAGUUCACCCGGGAUGCCCGUAACGUGAAGCUGAGGGAGAAGGAGCACCAGCUGCAGGAUGUGACGGACACCCUGAAGAGCUUCUUAUCCCAAGUAGAGGAUGCAUUGCUGACCAAGGAGCUCUAUCCAUACUGGGUGUCGGCUCUGGAUGAGAAGGACGAGAGGCAGAGAGUAAAGAAGUACUCCACCUUCAUAGAGAGCUUGCCAAAGAUAAACAGGUCAACCCUUGAUGCUCUCCUCCAGCAUCUGUACAGGAUUCAGCAGUGUUCCAACCUCAACCACAUGCCGAGCGAAAAACUGGCCUCCGUCUUCUCCUCCUGCUUGUUCCAGACUCAGGGACAAACCCCACAGGAAACUAGCGUCGUCUGUGACCUCAUCAGCAACUACAUUACACUCUUCAGCGUCAAUGAAGACCGGGUGCAACAGAUGGAGAAAGAGAAUAGUUUCAUCACACGCUGGAACGACAAGAAGGACGCCACAUUCUCUCCAGCUGGGGACUUGAUCUUCGAGGUGUACCUGGAAAAGAGAGAGCCGGAGAACUGCUGUUUAAUCAAGGUUUCUCCCAGCAUGCGGUCCGCAGAGCUCGCAGAAACGGCGCUGAGCAUGAGGAACGUUACCUUUAGCGCCGGCGACCUCUGGACCACCUUUGAAGUCAUCGAGAAUGGAGAGUUAGAGCGGCCGUUGCACCACAGCGAGAAGAUUCUCGAGCAGGUGCUGGAGUGGAGCACAUUGGACUACCCUAGAUCUGCUUUUCUUAUUAUAAAGAAGUUUUCAGGGGCCAAAAGAGUGGCUGAUGGGAAAGUGGACCACAAGCAGUUUAUAAAAGGCAAUUAUCUGAAGUUCAACGACGGGUCCUGUAAACUGCUGUCGGGGCACAAAUUCCAGGACAGAUACGUUGUGCUACGCGCGGAGCAGCUUCUGCUCUACAGAGAUAUCAAAAGCACCAAAGCAGAGAAAGUGAUCCAGCUCAGCUCUUUGAAAUGUUACCUGGGCCUGAAGAAAAAGCUCAAACCUCCAACAAGCUGGGGCUUCACAGUCUACACUGAUAAACAACAAUGGCAUUUCUGCUGCGAGAAGAGGGAGGCGCAGGUCAGCUGGGUGACGGACAUCAUCAGAAUGAAGUACGGUUCUGACCUCUGUUCAAAGAGCGUUAACUCAAAAGAAGCUGCAGAUCACAAAUGCCCUGGAGGGAGAGCUGUGGCUGAAGGCCGGAAGAUUCAAACACAGAACCACAAUUCCAGCAAUCAGCCGACAGACAGGAGGGGGAUUUCUCUUGAUGAUGGCAAACCAAGGCCCACCAAGGAUGCUCCACCACGGAUGCCCAACCCCAAGACAAACACCACAGCCAACUGCCCGAAGCACACCGACACGGUCAAGGCCCCAGAAGUUCCAUUCCGAAGACCCUCUGUGGAUGUUUGCCAGCCUCAACACCUCCCAUCACCGGCCCCAUCCAGACACUUGAAGCCCAUGCCUUUGCCCCUUCCUCCUCAGAGUGGCUGUAAGACCAUCAGCAGGAGACCUGUUCUGGGUGGGGAGGGUGUUAUGCCGCCUAGUUUGCUGAAUGAACUGAACUCAGUGCUGAGCAAGACCGGUCGCACUGCCAAGAGCAAUGACUGACAGGAGGAGAAGUCAGGUGAAAGAGAGGUACCUUGAACGGUCAGUUUGAACUGUAAGGCAAACAUUACAGAGCUGAGUAGAGAAAUAAGACUGUGGAGACUGACAGAGAAAAAACCACAAAAUGCAGAUGGAGCCAAAGUCCGUUGCUUUCAUGAGGGGGGAUCAUAGCCUGAAGACUGCUUUUGAACUUGGAUAUAUAAAGGGAUGCCGUUGCACAAGGGGAUGUGGAAAACAGGUGCAGGAGACACUGGAGGUCAUGCAGACCUCAGCUGGACAUGGCGCUGACCCAAGCACUACAAAACAUGAUUUAUAUGCCGCUCUUCUAAACCCAGAGCAUGUUAUAAAAAUAUGUUCAGCUGUCAAACCUCAGAAAAUUCCAGAAAUGCUUGCUUCACGCUUUAAAGUUUCCAGUUACUUUGAAAAGGCUUUUUAGACUUAGUCUGGAAAGUAUUGUGAUUAAUUUAAUCCUUACACAGUCAAGUUAAUCUGUAAUUAAACAUUCCCUAUAAUUUGAAUUAUUAGUGGCGGGGUAUGCCAUUAAAAUACCCAAGUGCAAAAGAAAAGAUUUAGGGCCCACUAACCAUUAACAGAGGCUAAUAGACUCACGUUUUUGUAGACAUGAGAUGCAAUAUUAGCUGGUGGUAGUGGGAAAUCUCAUGUGUAAUUAUUUAUUUGUAAUUAUUAUUAAUAUAUAAAUAUUUGUUUCAAAAGUUAAGGUUAUCCACCUAUUUUUCACUGUAAACAUUAACUGUAUAGCUAACUAGCAGUUUUUUAAGUCUAUAAUUCUGUGGUGCACCACUUUAAACUUCGCACUGGCUGCCACUAAAUCUAAUUUUAAUAUUCAGUAUAAAUAUAUGAAUAAAUAUCUAGUUCAUGUUCUGUUUUAAUUAAAAAUCUGAAGCAUACACUAUUAAAAUGGACUACGAGUUAGCACAGGUGUCACCAGAUCCACAGAAAUAGCAGCUUAAGAAGAUUAAGAUACCCACUUUGAAUGUAGUUCAGCACAAACUGUGUUUAACUAGAUAUAUUAGAUGAAAUAUGUCAUUAAGACUCCACUCCACAGAAACACCAUCAGAUUUAGUAAUGUCACACUUAAUCAGAAGCAGGCAUUGAGAUAUAACUUAACUGGCUUCAACCUGAACAGAAACAUCAUUUUAGCUUUUCUGUUGGAGUUCAGGUGUAAAAAUACCAGUCCUGAACAGAUAUUUUUGCAUGUGAUUGUCUCCUUUAAUACUUAGUGGAAACACAUGCUCGUAUGUGCGGUAUUUAUAAUUGACUUAAACAUUCAUAAAUCGAGGAGAAAUACUGCGCACUGCUGCAAAUUAAACAUUUCUAUUUUUGUAGAAAGCUCUGGCUAAAAAUGCCCUUUAAUGUGUUUCUGCAGAAAUGCAGAUGGUGGGAACAAUGGAGACGGUGGAGGUGUCGGUGUGUGUCACAGACAGUGAGCUACACGCAGGAAAAUUGUUUUGGGAGAAAUUGUCACUUAUAUACUUUUUAUAGCAAUGAAGCUACAAAUACACGCCAAUCCAUCAGAUAAUUACAGUUGGGUAAAAAAUAAAAUACUGCAUGAAGUAGAGCCAUUAGAAUAAUACGAGGAGGAACCAAACCUUAUAUGGUGACAGAAAUGUGCUAAACCAAAAAGUGAUAAACAUCGGUGUUGUUGUUUAAUGAUAAUUACCGUCAUUGCUUUCAGGUUUAAUAUGCAUCAUGAUUGGAUUUCUUUUUUUCCUGUCCAAUUGCAAAGAGCUCUUUAUCUGUGUUUUAUUCCUGUUUUAAUAUUGCAGCUGGUCUCUGCAGGUUUACAUAAUGCAGUCAUUUGGUAAAUCUGCUCAGUGAAUGUAGAGAUUUUAUAUUCCACUAGAUAGAUCUCACUCUGUUGUGUUCUAUGAACAUAUCUGCAAGAUUUAAAAGAUGGGUUCCCAUAAGCACGUAGAGCAACUUAAGCCCAGUUGUGGAUUUCAACAUAAAGAUCUUUCAUCUUUGGCUUAUUUAUGGAUUAAUAUAUAUCAUCCAUUUUAUUCAUAGAUUUCAUCAAAUUCUUCCUUUUCUCAAGUGAAGUGUAAGAAUAAACUCCCCGUCUCAAGUCACACGCUCGUGUUGAAUAAUGUAUAGCAGUCUGAAAAUGCACACGUAGGCAAUUGUCACACAGGUUCCUCCAUGAAAAAUUCAUAUUAACAUUUUAUUUUCAUUAUGCCUCAUGCACCAGCUGCUUGUCCUUUGUUUCAUGUCCUUAUAUUCUAAUCAUAGAGCUACCACAUUUCUGCAUUCGUGGUCCGAAGCAUUUCUUAUUAGGGCUUUAUUUGCACUGUGCAAAUGUGUGUUUGCUUCCCUCGCCCAUAUUAGUUAUAUUACUGUAUUCAUUUCACUAAAAAUGAAUACGUUCCUACUUAACUGGUCUGUUGAGAGUCAUUUUCAUUCCAAUCUGCCUUUCUGUACAAUAUAAUCUUUUUAUUCUGAUGUGUGAUAAUAUACUGUGUGUAUAUUGUUCAGUAUUAUAUUGCUAUUUCCUUUUAAAAUCACAUUAUUACUCACUUGAGAGUCGUGAAGAUAAUAAUCCCUUUAAAAUUCUGCACCAAACUGCCGUGUCAUGUCUCCUGUAUGAACUUGUACUGAUGCCAUCUCUAGAUCCUCUGCAUCCUUUUCCUGGACUGUCAUCUGUAUGUGCAUUUACCUCUGUUGUCCUCUGUGUCUGUACAACCCAGCAUUUUUGCCGUCCCUCUGAGGCCUAUAGGGUACGAAGGUCACCAUAUGGUGGAAAAGAGUUCAGCGAAAAAAGCUCUGCAAAGUCAUUAUAUGCGUCGACAUUGACCAUGUCUCUCUGUUGAGGUAACAGCUUGUGUACUGCACUUAAGUACAAUUCUGGGGUAUUUUUACUUCUUGUACUUGAUUGUACACACAUUACUUGUUUUACAUACUUUUUACUCCACUACCUUCAUUUGACAGGUAAAGUUAUGAGUUGCUUUUCAGAUUAAUGUACAUUAAAAACAUACAAUUGCUUUAUAUACAAUACAUUUCACUUUUAAAGAUCAAACCAGAGGUCCCAAACCUUUUUGGCUUGUGACCCCCUUUUCAUUUCAUACGUUU